AACAUUGUGUGAAAUAUUUAUUGCCUGCCGCUCCGCUAAGUCCCUCCCUUCUCCGUCCUUUUUCACAUCUCAGAAUCUUAUUGCUUCAGUGUUGUUUUUCAUAAUCAAGUUUAGAGGGAAUGAAGCUCGACGUUGAUGUCUUAAGAUAUCUCUCUAAAGAUGAUUUUAGGGUUCUCACUGCCGUUGAAUUAGGCAUGAGAAACCAUGAACUUGUUCCUACUGAACUUAUUGACCGAAUCGCUCGUCUCAAGCAUGGAGGCACUUACAAGGUUUUGAAAAACUUGCUCAAACAUAAGUUGUUGCACCACGACUCUUCUAAAUAUGAUGGAUUUCGCCUUACCUACCUUGGUUAUGAUUUUCUUGCCAUCAAAACUAUGGUGAACAAAGGAGUGUUUGUGGCGGUUGGUCGCCAGAUUGGUGUUGGAAAGGAAUCUGAUAUAUUUGAGGUUGCUCGUGAAGAUGGAACCGUUUUAGCUAUGAAGUUACAUAGGCUUGGUAGAGUCUCUUUUAGAGCUGUCAAAUCUAAGCGUGACUACUUAAGACAUCGUAGCAGUUAUAAUUGGCUCUAUUUGUCUCGCCUUGCGGCACUUAAAGAAUUUGCUUUCAUGAAGGCUUUGGAAACUCAUGGCUUUCCUGUUCCAAAUGCUGUGGAACAUAAUCGGCAUUGUGUAAUCAUGUCACUUGUCCAAGGUUAUCCUCUCGUUCAGGUAAAGCAGUUACAAAAUCCAGAGACAGUUUUUGAGACAAUUAUUGGUAUAGUUAUUCGGCUAGCAGAGCAUGGUCUCAUUCAUUGCGAUUUCAAUGAAUUUAACAUCAUGAUUGACGAUGAUGAAAAAAUUACCAUGAUUGAUUUUCCACAAAUGGUGUCUGUGUCGCACCGCAAUGCAAAGAUGUACUUUGAUCGUGAUGUUGAAUGUAUCUUUAAGUUUUUCAGAAAGAGGUUCAAUAUUUCUUUUCAAGAAAGCAUAGAUGAUGUUGAUGAAUCUGAUGAAGGGAGAGACGAAGCUGGAAAACUUUGUUUUUCCACAAUAGACCGAAGUGCCGGUUUUCUAGAUAAGGAACUUGCUGCUAGUGGCUUUUCUAGUAAGGACGAGGAAGAUAUUCAGAAGUUCAUUGAAGGCGGGGUGGAGAGUGAUACAAAUUCUGAUAGUGAAGAUGAUGACUUGGUGACAAAUCUGAAUGAAGCAGACGAUUUAAAUGUUGAUUCUUUACAUUUGUCGGAGCAGGAUGAUGGACAUGAAAGUCAUGGAAUAGAGGAGAGCGGUGAAGCUGUUGAAAGCAGUGGAUCUGAAAAGGAAGAGGCAACUGACCAGGAGGAAGACAAUGAAAUUGAAGCUGAACUCACAAAGAGCUUGGCAAAGCAAAGACAACGUGCUAUAGCAUCAGCUCGUAGGGGACGGAAAACAAUUGCAUCCAGGAAUUCCUACAAAGACAAGGGUGGUAGGUCAUCUCACAGUUCAAAGGUUCAAAAGCAAAUGAGCAGCUGGUGAGAUAUAUAUAUAUAUAUGGAAAACAAAACCUAUGUGAUUGACCUCAUGUCACUGUCAUUCAAAUAGUGAACUAGAAAAGACUGAAUAUUUAGUUUCAAUUGUGCCAUCUGUUAGAAGCCCUAAGUUAUCCGUUUAAAGUUCAAACGUAUGUAUAGUUCCAGAUAUCUGAAAGCAGCGUUGAGUCUGUUAUGUGUUGUUUUUCUUCCUCUUGACCGAAUAAUUAUAUUCUUUUGGAAUGAAAUGGUGAAUUGUUUGGACUUCAGAAGCAGCUAC